ACAACCAACUGGCAGCUGCGUCAAACGACAACUGCCAAUGUAUCACGUCGUCCGGUCUUAAGCGUACGCAAGCGCAUUAUCAACACACCACACUCAUCAUCAUCAUCUUCAUCAUCAUUAUCAUCAUCAUCAUCAUCAGCAGCAGCAGCAACAUCGUCAUCUUCUUUAACGCAAAAUGCAGAAUUCACUACAACGACCUCUAAAUAUAAUCGACUACGCAGUAGGCUAGCAACAACAACAAUAACACCAGCAGCAGCCAACAAGUUGAAAUCGACUGGGGAGUCAGCAACAUUGUUGCCAGCAACAAGCCAUAGCAACAACAAUGACAUCAUCUCGCAACACAAGUUUCAACCAGCUAGCUUUGCCUUGCGCCGUCAAUUUCAAACGCGUCGACUUACCACUUUGGCGCCAUCAACAAUUGCUGAUGACAGCGCCACUGAAGUGCCACAUACCCAAAAUCCACUUUUCAAACGCCGACUGACCCUGACCUCCACAAUAUCAGCACCACGCACCACCACAGUCAGCGCCACCAGUGAAACCACCACGAAUUUGUAUGCUAACGACGAUGAUGAUGAUCAGAUAGCAAAAUCCAGUAUACAUACAAGUCGAUUCAAUCAAAUAUUAUCCGAGCAUGGACACUCUCGUGAGGACUUUGACCCGCCGUCGAGCAGUAGUAGCAGUCGUCCACCCACGCCUCCUACUAAGCAACCAACCGAAAUUGGAGCAUUGAGUCAGGGUUUACGUCGUCAGCUUAUACCACGUCCACGUCGACCACACUCAACUACACAAACUCCAGCCACAACGGCUGCAUCUAAUUUGGACUACUCCUCACCGCCGUUAUCUCGACGACAGCAGAGUCGUCGGCGUCCACAUAAAUACAUUGAAGUCUAUAGCCGACCGCCGAGUAAGCCAGAAUUAGCCUCAGCCACUUUAAGUAGGCGACGAAGUGCUUCCGUAGAUUCCGAUUACUAUGACAAUGGGCAGCAACAGCUCACUCCUGGGCAACGACAACGUCAAAAGAACAGCCAACCUUCGAGUGAUCCCAAAGUCAUUGUCCAUGGUCGUGGCGUCAUUGAAUGCCUGGCCCAGGGCAAUUUUCCGCAUCCUUUGAAUUGUCGAAAAUUUAUUUCCUGUGCCAAAUUUGAGGAAACGGGCGGCAUCGUUGGCUGGGAGUAUACCUGUCCGAAGGGUCUCACCUAUGAUGGCGUUGAUGGUAUGUGCACCCCAUGGUCAACAUCCUCUGGUGUUGAAGGGGGCUGUCGUGCAUAGACUGAAUACAAGAUUCUCCAUUUCUUUCAUUUACAAAUUCGAAUUGAUUUUCUUCUCAUUGGUUUUUCAUAAUCAAAAUACUACAUACAUAAGUAGCCGAUGUAUUUUUUGUAUUUGUUGUAUAAAUUUGUUUCACAUUGUUUGUAAUACUCUUUUUUUCGCUCUCUAAUAUCAUAUUUAGUCUUAUCAACCUAGUUGUAGCAAUUUUUUAUAAGCUAACUCAGUUUAGAUUUAAAUAUGUAUAUCGAAAUAUGUAAUAUGGAUCGUAUAGACCAUAAAAGUUAACAUAUGUAUAUGCAUAUUGUG